AUGGCUACGUGGGGAAAGACGGAGAGAGACCGCAUGCCGGAGAUGUCGGCGGUAGGCCUCCCACUGGAGUUGGGGCCUUCACAAGAGCUAGGCCUCGUACAGGAACUCGGCCUCCACGGGGUUCCAGCACAGAGCCUUAUCGAGUUCGAAGGUGGUGGCAGCAUGCUGUCUCGCGAGGUUCUGGGAGAGAUGUUGGCCGUCAACGACCAUGGUGUUCUGAACGCGCGGGUCGGGGCAACGGAGAAGUCCGACGGCGGUCGCAGCAAAAGAGCCAGGAGAAGAGAAGGGGCGAGCUCGGCGAGAAGCCGGGGGAAGGGAAGCGAUGGCAAAGUUGUAGAGAACAGGAUACAGACACGGCUUCUUUGCCAGGCCGAAGCGCCCAAGUGCUUGGGGGAGUCAUCAUCGUCGCCAUCACGUGUUUUCGCCAAAAUAGAUCCUAGGAAAUCGACGAAGAGAUGUCACAACAAUGGGGUGGAGAGCCGGCAGCGACAUUACCAUGACCAACAAGCUCUGCUUGCGGAACAGCAGCGUGCGAAGCAAACUGCACUUAUCGAUGGUGACGGAAUGAACCGCCAAAGGGCGACGGCUACCGCCCACUGUGAGGCCCAGCAGAAGGUGGCCGGUUCGCCCAACAAAAGGAGACGGCACAAACGCUACGACCACGAUCACAAUCCCAAGGUAUUGCGCAGUCUCGUGGACGACACAAUCAUCACCGGAAUAGCCGGGGCGGGCGCUCUCAAGGCCGAAGAGGGGAGGCAAAUGGAAGAUCUCAGGCUGCAGCUACGUCUCGCUUGCCACCGGGCUACGGAGCUGGAGGAUCAAAUUUUCCAGUCUCAGACGGGCUCGCCUCACCGCGAACUGCUUGGCGAAUUGCAACUGGAUAGAGCAGCAGGCAACACCGGCAUCCCACUGCUUGAACGACCCAGUUGGAAGGAAAGAAAUUUUGUCUUGGGUCCGACGGGAAGUGGAGCGAAAGCCCAUAGAAACACCGAUGUACUCGAACGGUGCCGUUCUCCUGACGGUGCCGGCGGGCGAAGCCCCCUGCGACCGCGCCACCGGGUGUCGCCCAGGAAGACCAGACGAACACCCCUAGACGUGUCCUUCUCGACCGAACCGCCACAGCGUCUUGCAGGAAGCAGCAGUUUGGCGACCGACAUCAUCCCAAGGCGGCAAGCGAACGUGUCGGACAUGGUGACAACAUGUCACCCCCCGCAGUCGCCCCCGCUCACGCCCACCGCUUCGUUGCGACGGUACUUGUCGUCCCUACGACCGUUCUCGGCCAACAGCGCCCGAGCGGCGUGGGGGCUGGCCGACCCCGCUAAUGGCGGCAACCCGCUUGCGGGACCCGUUACAGAUCUCACCCACCCGUUCGAUAACGGCCAGCCCAGAUGGCCGGUGCUUUUUGUCAUGGGGGAAUCGAAACCGCCGCCGCCCAGGCAUCCACUCAGCGUGCACGCCUUGCCCCUGUUUGACGACGAGAUGGUGGCCCUGCUGGCGGGGGCGGCGGGCGAGCCAGCCGCGAAGGUCCGCAUGAUGGUGCAACUUCUCUCGUGCUUCGACGUCCGCCUCCUGCAAUCCGCCGUGAAAAGGCUAUGCUGUGAACAUGCUAGCUCCCGAACUCUUGGGGGGGCGGCACGCGGAGGCAGAGGGCGACACCUGCAGCGGAGCGGGGCCCCAGGACCAGCUACGGAGGCAUGGGGAAGAAGCCCAAUGCCGCCGUUGCCAGGACCAUCGGCCGCGGGUGAUGCUGCUCACUCAUCGACGAGCGUCGACGAGCCCCUACUAAUGUCGGAAGCGGCGGCACGGCGCGCACUCACCGCGGGGUUCUUGGGCGGUGUUUUCGGGGAGGACGCUGUACGAGAUAUCGUUGUCGCCUCUCGACCGGUUGUGGUGUUCGACUCGACGGAAUCGGCGAAAGGGAAGGCGCUAACACCACCAUUACAAGGCGGAGCCGUCGGGGGCGAGAGGCAGAACGACCGGGGUGAUCGGCCAGAGGGCGGAUCGAGUCGGGCCCCGUCUUGGAAGAUUGGGAAAAAUGCGGAGCAAGACAGCUCAAGCCGAGGCGGAGAAGAUGAAGCAGCUGCCACCGCUGCUAACGAAGAUGUUACAUCCUCGCUACCGAGCGUAGAGCAUCGACGAACAUGGGAGGAGCGCAACGGUUCCUCAGAAAAUCGUAGGGCACAGGGCGACUCACCGCCGUGCACCGAUGCCGGCUCGCUUCUCGUUAACUCGCCGCGACGAGAAGGAGGCACGGCUCUAGGCAAACGACAGCUAGAGGUGUCCGAACUCGUGGAACACGACAGCAACCCCGAAGAAGGGGUUCUGGUGGCGCAGCUCGUGCGUGCAGCCACCGCCAGGUUCAGGGUGCACAGCCUAGCUGUCCAGCACCACGAGCACGGCGGUGUUACCGCUACCAACCACAGAGACUUCGGACGAGGGAUUUACAUCGGUGGCUCUGGCGCCAGCGGCUGGACGGAAGGAGGCCAAGAGCCAGGACAGAGACUGCGUCGGCCAGCAUCGGCAGGGAGCGAUGAACUCGGCCUCCCUCCCCUUAAAUUGGCCAGGAAGGACAAGAGGACGAGGCGGAGGCGGGAGGCGGAUGCUGGGCGGCGAGAGGAAGAGGUGGAGUUCGACGUGUUCGGGGUCCCUCGGCCACGAUCGACCCCGCGAUGCUUACGCCCAGGCUACAAGGGAGAAGUGACGGCCGCAAUGCUCCGGCAAGAACUGGAGGCCUCAGAGAGCACAGCGGCCCGUCUCGGCAUCACGAUGGCGCGGAAGGCGGAGGCUUGGAAAACGGAAGCCCAGGAGGGGACUGCCGCUGCGGCCGCCUCGUGCGCCGCGGCCACCGCCGCCGCCAACCGCGCCGCUCUCGCCCUCGCGAGUGCCGCCGCGCACGAGGCCCUCCUCGAGUCCGCACACGACCGCAUGCGCGAAGCCAUGAACAUCAUGUACCUCAGGACCAUCCGUCGGGGCUGGGGCGCCUGGGCGGAGCUGACCCGCCGGCAGCGAUCCAUUGAGGCCGCCGGGCGCGUCGCCCGGCUCGUCGGCGCCGCGGCUAUCGGCUUCGCCGUGCUAGAGCCAUUCUUGCGGCGGCGGACACGGACAUGGCUUCGCCGGUGGGCCGGGGCGAUGCGUGCCGAGAGGGUGCUUGAGGUCCAGGCAGCGGCCGUGGAGUUGCAGAGAACGGUCCGAGGUUUCUUGGGGAAGCGGCGGGCGGACAAGAGGUGGCGCGACAUCGCUGCCGUAGCCGUGCAGAGGGUGGUCAGGGGCCGCUUCGGGAGGCUGAGGGGCGCGCGUAGGGCGAGGUUGAUGGAAGAGCGGCGGGCCGUUCUUACGAUAGAGCAGAAGUACCGCGAGUUCGUGUGGCAGAGGGACGCCGUCAAGCUGUUGGCGCUGAAGAGGAAGGAGCGCGCGGCGACGAAGCUGCAGGCGGCGUGGAACGGCCUGGUGUACGGUCGCCGGCCAGUACGAAGGCUGCGGGAGCAGCGCUUGAGAGAGGUCUCCGCCGUCAUGCUGCAGAGGCUGUGGCGGGGCGUCGUCGCGCGCGGCAGGGCGGAUGUGUUGAUGGAGGCUAAGUGUAGGCGGGAGGCGGCGGUCAAGAUUCAGGCGGUGGCGCGGGGGUGCGGGGCGCGCAAGGUGUACCGCCCCAUAAUCCUGCGAGAGAGAGCUGCCGCCACCAUGUCCCGGUUCUGGCGCUGCGCUAAGGCUAGGAGAGUGGCGCGGCAGAAACGGUGGGAAAACGCCUUGGCCGCGCGGCUGAACCCCCUGGUCAGGGGUUUCUUAGCGAGGAGCGCGACGAAAAGACUACUUGAGGCGCGAGCUCGUGAAAAUCGCGCGAUGGUCGUGGUCUGUGUGGCUGCCCAAAAGAUAUUCCGGGGGAAAAAGGGCCGAUUGAAGGCUCGAAGGGAGCUUCUACGUCGGUGUGCCGCCGUGGAGCUUCAACGCAUCGUAAGAGGCCGAGCGGUCCGGCGCUUGUCGCGAAUAGAGGAGGGGCGACCGAGGAGCCAGGCCGCGUCGUGGAUGGCGGCUAUGGCGGUGCAACGCAUAUGGAGAGGGCUCAAGGGGCGAAGAAAACUGGGUCAGAGAGCGGCCGAGCAUCGUUUGUGGAAUGCCGCCUUCACGAUCCAGUCGGCUCACCGGCGGCAGUGCAUGCGGCGCCGACGGCAAGAAAGGGCCCUCAAGCGCGGGAUGGAAGCCGCCAACGCCGCCGCCGCUUUCAGUCAAGGCCUUGGGCACGCCGUGAGCGUGGCGGGGGCAACGGCAGCGGUGGCAGCGGCGGCAGCGGGCGGGGACGACGGCGGCAGGCUUAGCUUUGCCGACACAACAGAAGAAGCCGGCCAACGUGCUGCUGGUGAUGGCGCCGGUGAGGGAGCAAGGAGCAUCGACCGUUUGGAAGGUGCUGCCGGCGCGGCCUCUCCUCGCGGGGCGGCGGACACCGGUAGUAGUGCAACAGCCGCCCACGGUGGCACGGCGGGCGGGGCCAGGGUUGACGACCCGCCGGCCGUCGAGGUGAAAGUCGCACCGACGCCGGAGUACGAAGACAUGGGAGACGUUGCCAUCGCGGCAGUGCUACAGUCGGCCAAAAAAUCUUCGACCCCGUCGUCGCCGCCGCCCUCUCCGCCGGUGCCGGUGCCGGUGCCGGUCCCCGCGGUCGUGGAGCCGGUGUUGGUGCCGGCUAAGCCCGCCGACCCGCCGCCGCCGGUGGUGGAGGAGGAGAUGUUGGAGUACUACGAGGCGAAGCUGAGGUACCUGGCGGCGCAGGAGAAGGCGCACGGGGCAUCUGCUGCCAGGAUCCAGGCCAUGUUCCGAGCAUAUGAGGCAAGACAAAGAGCUGCAACGCUCGGGGCCGAGAGGGACAAGGCCGAGCGGCGGAAGGCGGCGGAGCUUCGGGCGGCCUCGGUGCUCCAGUCAGCCGCCAGAACGCGGGCCGCGCGACGGGCGGUCGCCCGCAGGCGCGCGGAGAUAUUGGAAGCCUCUCGGAGGGAGCAAGGGUUGCUCACAAUACAGUGCGCCGUGCGGUGCUAUCUGGGGAAGUGCCGGCUGCAGGGUUUGAGGAAGGCGGAGAGGGAGAAGCAGGAGAUGUUGUUUCGCAUGGCGGCCCGAAUACAGGCGCUUGUGCGGGGGAUUCAGACGAGAGGUAUUUGGAGGAAGUUCUUCACGAGCAGAGCUCUAUUGCAAAGGGAACGACAGCGGACGGGCGCGCAGCAGAUACAAUCCUUCUGGAGAUCAAAGCUGGCGAGGACGGAGGCCGAACGGCGGAGAAGCGUGAGGGAUGCCGCCUUGCUUGCGGAACAGCUGGAAAGGCACCUGAAAGGUCUGCUCGAGGCGACGAUGGAGGCGGAGCGGCGGCACGCGUACGCCAUCCGGCUGCAGUGCUGGUGGAGGGGAAUCCUUGCCGUCAAGGUCAAGGCCCGGAAGCAGCUGACACUGAUGGAGACGCCGCCCGAGGACGUGGGGGAGGAGAAGGAAAAGGCGGCUCUUGCGCUGCAAUGUCACUGGCGAGCAAUCAAGGCCAGGCGCUUCUACAACGCAAACUAUGCCUUGUUGUAUCGGGAGCGUGAGCGCAGAAAGUGCUGUACGGAGUGCCAGAGCGAGUACGCCACUCGAAAGUGCGACACGUGCACAGACAAGUUCUGCGAGGGUUGCUGGGCGCGCAUCCAUAGCACGGGUGCACGCCGUUUCCACGACUGGCUGCCCUUUGCGCCCGCCACGUACGACACAAGCAGACCACAAGACGCCACCGCAGCCCCGUCCAUCACCGACAGCCAGUACUAUUACGACACAAGCACGGGGCAACAAGGAACAGGAGGAGGAGAACUGUGGGACGUCAAUCAACAAUCGGCAGAGCUAGACCCGUACUACCAACCUGGGUACGAGUCCUACGACUACCCCGGGAGCGAGUACUACUACGACCAGCGAGGCUGGGAACAGGAGGGCGGCAAUCAGCAAGUCUCGGCGGUUUCUGUGCAGGGCUGGUCCCCGGAGACCAACAAACAGUGGUACGACCCCGACCAGCCGCCGUCCACCGGCAGCGAGUACGGCUACGACGGGGCCAUGAGCUACGAUGGUGCAGCGGCGAUCACGCCAUCGUCGUCGUCAGAUUACUACCCCGCGUGGACGCCCGAGACGCCGGACACAGCCGCCGACAACAACAGCAAUGCCGCCGGUACCACAGAAAAGUCCUGGGAAGGCGAGGGAGACGGCGAGUGGACUUCGGCAGCAGCGGAAUAUUAUGGCUACGAUUCCGCCGGCAACGGGGUGGAUCAAGCGGCAGGCGGGGCUUGGGCGGGGGCAGGAGGAGUCGCGGGGGGCUGGGACGAAGGGUGGGCGACGCCCCAACCGGCGGACACAGCCAAUGGUGACGAAGAUUCCUCGGUGUUCCUUGCGUCCACCGGCGGGGAGACGAGCAAAGACAGCGGCGGUGGCAGUGGCGGCGUGGGGGGGGCACCCCCGAGCGGGAGCAGCGGCAGCCGGCCGUGGUCGGUGAACGAGUACGGGCAGAGGGUGGCCGGGGACUGGGUGGAGUACUGGGACGACGCCGCGCAGGCGGCGUACUUCUACAACACAGCCAGCGGGGAGGCAAGUGAUCCUAUGCGUGGGAAGAUACGCGGCGCGAAGAGAUUUGCGCAGCAGUAA